GCACCAGGAUUUUCCCUCCUUUUCCAUGAUUGUUGGUGUAAACAACAAAGGAAGAAAUAUUUCAUGAUUUGAAAAUGAAUUCUGAGGACUUACUCACCCCUGCUUAUUAUCUCUCCUCUCUCCAAUUACCAUAAUAGCUGUGGGUAGGAUUAAUCCCUCCAAAUCGUGUUACAGGCCAAUUUCCCAUAUUGCAUUUGGGGCUUUCUGUGUCAGACAGGUGCCCAAACUGACAUCUUGGAAAAUAAGAGGAGCUGAGUGGUUUAACGGGGAUCAGAAAUGAUAAGAUCUAUGACACUGCUGUGUCCUGAGUCGAGCAGAGUGUCUGUGGGUUCAGUGUCUGGCCUCGCUGUGGUUUCACCAGAGCUGGACUUCAUUUGGGCACCAUGGACAGCAACAGCACGACGUGGAGCUCCAGCCCGCACCCUCCAUCCAUCCUCACCGCGGUGGUGACUGUUGCCCCCACCAUCUUCCCUCGGGUGGGCUACAGCAUACUUUCUUUCCUCAUGUUCAUCAACACAGUUUUAUCAGUUUUUAACAACGGCCUCGUCAUAACCGUGAUGCUGAGGAAUCCGUCUCUCCUCCAGCCUAUGAACGCUUUAAUCCUCAGCCUCGCCGUGUCUGACCUCAUGAUUGGCCUGUGCGGCUCGCUGGUCGUCACUAUCACUAACUACCAAGGCUCUUUCUUUAUUGGCCACGCAGCCUGCGUGUUUCAAGGAUUUGCAGUCAAUUAUUUUGGUCUGGUUUCUCUCUGCACUUUGACCCUGCUUGCCUACGAGCGGUACAACGUGGUGUGUAAGCCAAGAGCUGGUCUGAAGUUGAGCAUGAGGAGGAGCAUCAUUGGGCUGCUGUUCGUCUGGAUCUUCUGCUUGUUUUGGGCUGUGACUCCGCUCUUCGGCUGGAGCUCCUACGGGCCUGAGGGAGUCCAGACCUCCUGUUCUCUGGCCUGGGAGGAGAGAUCAUGGAGCAACUACAGCUAUCUCAUCCUCUACACGCUCCUCUGCUUCAUUUUCCCUGUUGCAGUCAUCAUUUACUGCUACUCCAAAGUGCUCACAUCCAUGAAUAAGCUUAACAGAAGUGUAGAGCUCCAGGGUGGGCGUUCCAGCCAGAAGGAGAAUGAUCACGCCAUCAGCAUGGUGCUGGCCAUGAUUAUAGCUUUUUUUGUAUGCUGGCUGCCCUACACAACAUUGUCUGUGGUGGUAGUUGUGGAUCCAGAGCUCUACAUCCCUCCGCUGGUUGCCACCAUGCCCAUGUACUUUGCUAAGACCAGCCCUGUUUAUAACCCCAUCAUCUACUUCCUUUCCAACAAACAGUUCCGCGAUGCCACUCUGGAGGUGCUGUCCUGUGGUCGCUACAUCCCCCACGCGUCCACCGGCGUCAGCAUCAACAUGUGCUCCUUGAACAGGAGAAGCCGUCUGACUUCCCUGAACAGCGUCAACACGCACAGCAAGGUGUUGCCUCUGUGACUUUCUUCGGCAAAAGCAAUAAGCCUGUUGUUGAAAAAUGGUUGUCGUCUCAUCAAGGACACAGACCUGAAGAUCUGCAGGCUCGUGUCUCUUUUCUGUAGCCCAGUGAGAACAGAUUUAGCUCAGAGACUCAUGGCUGUUGUUCAGAAGGUGAACAAAAUAAGUGUAAUCUGGCACACGGUAAUGCAACCCAAUACAAGACCACAGAGAAAGAGCUUAUUUUGUUCGCUUUUUGUUAAGAUUAUGUAAGAGGUGUGUUUAUUCAUCUCCCUUUGAGACUAAUUUGGCAUUUUAUUGAACUGCA